AUGUUAAUCUGUAUGGAUUUGUUUUCAAUUAAAGUAAGCAACAAAUGCACAGUAUGUAAUGUAAUUCAACUAACCUUCGUUAAAAAAAUUUCAGCCUCUAAAAUGCGACGAACCAUUACAGCAUCACUAGUAACCACAGUUCUACUGCUGUUCGUACCAACACCUAAUCAGGCCCAGUCAUCAUUCUUCAACAACCUCUUCUCAACAGGCAACAGUGCGAUCGUUAACGAGCCAAGCAAAGAGCCCUAUGACUUUAUCGUUGUCGGCGCUGGUUCCGCUGGCUCAGUCUUGGCGAAUCGUCUAUCUGAGAAUCGCAAGUGGCGGAUAUUGUUGAUCGAAGCUGGCGGUGCCGAGGGCCGGCUUAGUCAGAUUCCAGUUCUGGUCAGUCUCUUCCAGCUUACCGAAUACAACAAUUGGGGUUACGAGGUCGAGCCACAACCACGAGCAUGUCUCAGCAUGAAGAAUCGGCGUUGCCCCUGGCCAACUGGUAAAUCGCUCGGAGGUACCAGUACUAUCAACUAUAUGAUCCAUACCAGAGGACACAGAAUGAACUAUGACAUCUGGGCUGCUCUCGGCAAUGACGGAUGGUCCUAUCAGGACGUGCUUCCAUAUUUCAAGAAGAGCGAGAAGUUCGGCGUACCUGGCAUUGAAAAUUCGACAUAUCACAACAACACUGGCUAUUUGAGUGUGGAGCAUGUACCGUAUCACACGGAGUUGGCCAAAGCCUUCCUCAAGGCUGGCCAACAGCUUGGCUAUAGCAUCGUCGACUACAACGGAAGAGACCAGAUUGGCUUCUCCUAUCUCCAGGUCAACAUGCACCACGGAAGACGUUGCAGUGCCGCAACGGCUUAUCUCAAAAUCCAACGACCAAAUCUGCAUAUUCUUACUGAGGCCCAGGUUAGGAAGGUCCUCAUCCGUAAACAGAGGGCAUACGGCGUACAAUACAUCAAGAACGGCAAGAAGCACUCGGUAACUGCUACCAGAGAAGUGAUAUUAUCAGCCGGUACCAUCAACUCGGCUCAGCUGCUAAUGCUAUCAGGCAUUGGACCUCGAGAUCACCUCGAGGAACUGGGUAUCAAAGUAAUUCAAGAUUCAAAAGUGGGAUAUAAUCUGUACGAGCACGUCGGUUUCUUGGGUUUGACCUUCAUGGUAAAUCAGAGCGUUAGCAUAAUGAGCAGCCGUCUCUUGAGAUCCGACGUCUUGAUUGACUGGGCUUUUGGCACUGGAGGCGUUAUUAGUGUUCCAGGUGGUGCCGAAGCUAUUGCUUUCCUUAAAACCAAAUUUGCGACUGACGACAGACCCGACGUAGAGUUGCUCUUCUGCAGCGGAUCAUUGCACUCCGACGGCGGCAUCAGUCUUAAGUCUAGUCUCGGACUCACUGAUGAGAUGUACAAUACGGUCUUCAAGCCCAUUGAGAACCACGACGCCUGGUCCAUUUGGCCUAUCGUCCAGAACCCUCGCAGCGUUGGCAGAGUCAGCUUAAAAUCCAAGAAUCCACUGGACCCACCAAUCAUUGAACCGAACUUCUUUGAACAUCCAUCGGACCUCGAGCUCAUCGUUGAGGGUAUCAAGCAUGCCAUCGAACUGUCCAAAACCAAGCCAUUCGCUGCUUUCGGAAGCCGCCUACAUAGCACUAAGAUACCUGGCUGUGAGCAAUUCAAGUUCGCGAGCGACGAUUACUGGCGCUGUGCUGUACAGCAUCUGCCAGCGAUGAUGAACCACGAAGUCGGCACUUGCAAAAUGGGACCACCGACCGACUCAAGUGCCGUCGUUGAUUCGCAGUUGAGAGUUUAUGGAAUUCAGGGACUUAGAGUUGCUGACGCCUCAAUCAUGCCUACUAUUCCCACCGGACAUACCAAUGCUGUUGUAUACAUGAUAGGAGAAAAAGCAGCCGAUUUAAUCAAACAAACCUGGGAUGAGGCAACAGAGUAAAAGCCGAGAAGAGAUAUAUACCUAACAAAAA